AUGGUAGUGCAGGAGAAAUUACAGAGCGUACAAGUUAUUUCAGGGGAGGUACAGAGAAAGGUGCGGGACUGGGAGAUUCAGAUUAUUGCAAACAGUGCAGGAAAACACCUCCGCUCUCUCUGCGACACCUAUUUUAGAAUAGAAGAGUCUUCGCUUAAAGAUGAGCUAAGAGAGAGGAUUUUGCGAAGAGAGGCUUUUUCUGAGAAUACAAUUUACACAGCAUACACAAAAGAAAAAGAGGAGGAAGUAUCCAGUGUAAACAAGCAAGAGGAAGAAAGUCUGCCAGAAAAGAAGGAAGACAAGUUGGUUUCCCUUUCUGUAGAAGAGCUCGAUAAAAUUGAGCCUUUUUCCCACAAGGGAUGCGAGAUUGUAGAAGUGCAUGAAAAAGACCCUGUUUCAAAUGGCAGCAAUGGAGACAUAGAGGCCAAAAUGCAAAUUGCAAGGGAGCUACGGAAGCAAAUAAUGGAGAAGAGCAUAUAUAUAAUUGACAUGGAUGCGCUUGAAAAGCUACACUGGCAAGACAUCAUAAGCUAUUUGCUUGAUGUGGUAAAGACCACGGGAUACAUGCCAGCUGUUGCUAAUCGCAAGCAACAUCGAAAUCUUGUUUGCUUCAACUGUGACAAAAAAGGGCAUAUUGUUAAGAACUGCCCGAACAAGGCAACAAAAAAGCAAAGGCCAUCUUAA